AGUUUUGACGUUUUGACUUAAUUGACAAUUGACGUUACUAUAAUAAAAAUAUGAAAGUAAUGGUUUAUAUUAUUUGUUUUCGAUUAUAAUUUAUUGUUGAUAACGACACUAAUAAUAUCGUUUAUUUGCAAGCAAAUAGUUCAGCAGUUUCAGUUUUUUCUUCGGUAGGAAACAACGUAAAACAUGCGUAUUAAAUCGAUACUUAUAUUGGCUUUUAUUACAUUCGUAAAUGCCGAUAUUUUGCGAAUCCCUCUGGAACGAUUCACGUCAGUCAGAAGGACCUUGCAAGAUGUCGGAACUCCAGUCAAUAGAGUGGUUUUGAAACACAGCCAAUUAACCGGACCUACGCCAGAACCCUUAUCCAAUUACUUAGAUGCUCAAUACUAUGGUGUCAUAAGCAUUGGACAGCCACCUCAAUCAUUCAAAGUAAUUUUUGAUACCGGAUCGUCCAAUUUGUGGGUCCCUUCUAAGAAAUGCAGCUUCACAAACAUCGCGUGCCUGCUUCACAAUAAAUAUGACUCUACAAAAUCGAACACGUACCAACAAAACGGCACCAAAUUCGCCAUUCAAUACGGAUCAGGAAGUCUCAGCGGAUUCUUAUCUACCGAUGUCGUUAAUGUAGGUGGUUUGAAUGUUAAACAGCAAACAUUCGCAGAAGCCAUCAGUGAACCCGGUUUGGCCUUUGUAGCAGCGAAGUUCGAUGGAAUAUUAGGCAUGGCGUAUGAUACAAUAUCCGUUGAUAGAGUACCGCCUGUAUUCAACCAAAUGGUCCAGCAAAAUUUGGUUUCCCAACCCGUAUUCUCGUUUUAUUUAAACCGGAAUCCUGAUGCUAAGCAAGGGGGCGAACUGAUUUUAGGGGGAUCCGAUCCGGCUCAUUAUUCAGGAGAUUUCACCUAUUUGCCGGUGACGAGGAAAGGUUACUGGCAAUUCACUAUGGACAAGGUCACCGUCAAUUCACAAGAAUUUUGCAGUGGCGGUUGCCAGGCCAUCGCCGAUACGGGUACUAGUUUGAUAGCCGGGCCGCUCGCAGAGGUCACCAAAAUUAAUAAAUUGAUCGGUGCCACGCCGAUUGUAGGGGGUGAAUACAUGGUUGAUUGUACUCUUAUACCGAAACUACCCAACAUCGAUUUCAUUUUAGGCGGGAAAUCGUUCAGUUUGGAAGGAAAAGAUUACGUGCUGAGAGUCGCUCAAAUGGGCAAAACUAUUUGCUUGUCCGGUUUCAUGGGCCUGGAUAUUCCUCCCCCGAACGGUCCUUUGUGGAUCUUAGGCGACGUUUUCAUCGGGAAAUAUUACACGGAAUUCGAUAUGGGCAAUGACCGGGUGGGCUUCGCAGACACCGUUUAGAAACCAAAGUUAUGAAGUUCAUAUUCACUUAGUUUGUUAUAUCCGUAAUUUACCUAAUUAAUCAUUUAAUGCUCGUCUUCGUUGGUUCGCAGUUAACAGCUCUCUAAUUGCGGAAUUUCGAAUUUUUGUUUAAUAUAUUGUGUUAACUCGAAUAGACGAAUAGUCAAGGGUACAGUUCUUGUAAAAAAUGCUGCUAUUUUAAUUUGAGUUAUGAUAUAGCGUGUUGAAUAAAUAAAUUGAUUCACUC